CAGUGGACGUGGCGGCGCCCCGGCUCAAUUAGGAGUCGCUGCCGAGUCCCGGCCUGUCACUGAGGAUCGGCGAGGGCGCGGCGGCGGUCCAUCAUGGGUGGCUUUUUCUCAAGUAUAUUUUCCAGUCUCUUUGGAACCAGGGAAAUGAGGAUUUUAAUUUUGGGAUUAGAUGGUGCUGGAAAAACGACAAUUUUGUACAGAUUGCAGGUUGGAGAAGUUGUUACUACCAUUCCCACUAUUGGAUUUAAUGUAGAGACGGUGACAUACAAAAAUCUCAAGUUCCAAGUUUGGGACUUAGGCGGACAGACAAGUAUCAGGCCAUACUGGAGAUGUUAUUAUUCAAACACAGAUGCAGUCAUCUAUGUCGUUGACAGUUGUGACCGAGACCGAAUUGGCAUUUCCAAGUCAGAGUUAGUUGCCAUGUUGGAGGAAGAGGAGCUGAGGAAAGCCAUUUUAGUGGUGUUUGCAAAUAAACAGGACAUGGAGCAGGCCAUGACGCCCUCAGAAAUGGCCAAUGCGCUUGGGUUACCCGCCCUGAAGGACCGGAAGUGGCAGAUCUUUAAAACGUCAGCAACCAAAGGCACCGGCCUCGACGAGGCAAUGGAAUGGUUAGUUGAAACACUGAAAAGCAGACAGUGAGUCCAUUCACAUCAGCGCCUGUGAACCAAACGCUCCGUCACAGACUCACUGAACCAGUCAGAUGUACUUCUCGUGACUGGUGGAAGGGACUGUGUGAUUCUAGCAUAUACAGACCUGACUUCACUAUUUGUAAUAAAUAUAAAAAGCAAGUAUCUGGUGAGAGGGUUAGCUUGAUCGAAUCACCCAAAUGGUUUAUGUAAUGUAAAAUAUUUCUUCCUUGUUUUCUUGUGUUAAGGUAUAUAUUCUAUUUGUAU